AUGACGGACUCUGUUUAUAUGGAGGGAUGGCUGAUACGAUCGAGAGAACGCGGCAUGCAUUUCCCACCUUUCAAGUCAAAAUGGGUUCGUCGGUACUUCGUGUUACGAGUAUGUGAUAAAAAGUUAGGAACAUAUGUGCUUGAUGAAUUUCGGAAAGAGGAUAAAAGACGGCUAAGGAAGUCCCUUGAUCUCGUCCGAUGUGUCCAAAUCGAUUCUCAUCUGCAAUUAGCGGAUUCUUCUUGUGCAACAACGUCUCGGUUUGGAGGCUUUCAGUGGAUAUUCUCGCUAUAUUUCACUAAAGGAACAUCUUCUCAGAAGAAGACGCCACUAUACUUCGUGUCCGAAUCGGAAGAGGUAAAUCUGACCUCUUGGUUUAUCUCUUUUCUACUUCGUCCCUUACUUUUUGUUUUUUUUUGA